CGAGCAGCAAGAACUCAAUAGUCAACAAAACUCCUACAACAGAGAAAGAAAAAAUAUCCGCCUACGAAUCGGAUAACGUUCCAACUGAGUUUUAGCUGAAGUAGCGGCUGAUUACAAAAGAAUGCGCAACGAAUAUCUGUGAAUCUACCAGUUGAGGCAGUGUCAUUUCACAUCUGUUCAAUGACAGAUGCAUAGCUUUCAAAAAUGUACGAUAAUGCUGGAUCUGCGGGCUGUACAUGCGUUUUGAUCACAGAUACAAGAGAAAUGGAAAGCAAUUUCUUCAUUGCUAAACGGGGACACAAGAACAGGAAAUACAGUCGGACACCAUUUUUUCAAGAAUAACGUCCUCACAUCAGUAGUGUUUUACUAAGAAGCAUUUUUUAUUUGUGGUUUUAAGGAUAUCUUAUUACUAAUAUGACAGUUACCUACUCAUUGGAUGUAGCCAAUACACGUUUUUGUGGCUUUACAAAACUUUUAGGGAGAUGGAAAGGCAGCAUUUACAAAAUUCUGUGGAAGGAAUUCGUCGUUUUCCUCGCCGGUUACAGUUUACUUAGCAUAACUUACAGGUUCUUUCUCUCGGAACCACAAAAGAGAGAAUUCGAGAACGUCGUUCGUUAUUUCGAAACAUUCAUCGAUCUGAUACCACUGUCUUUUGUGCUUGGCUUCUAUGUUUCUCUCGUCAUCGGCAGGUGGUGGAAUCAGUUCGAUGCCAUACCAUGGCCAGACAGGUUGUGCUAUAUGAUUGGAGCCUACGUGCACGGUGCGGACGACAGAAGUCGCAUGAUUCGUCGUACCCUCGGACGCUACCUGAUUCUUCUGCAAGCCAUAACAUUUCAGUCAGUGAGCACCGCAGUCAAGAGGCGAUUCCCAACCAGUCAGCAUUUCGUGAGUGCAGGCUUAAUGACGAAAGAAGAGCGGACAAUAUACGAGAAGCUGGAAGCUCCUUAUGGUAAGUGGUGGCUCCCCGCCCAGUGGUUCAGCGCCCUGGCAAUGAGGGCCAAAAAGGAAGGGAGAAUUAAAGAUUCGAUCUUGCUGGAUGGCCUCUUCAGGGAGUUUGUAUUAUACAGAAGUGCCUGUGGAACAAUGUUCAACUAUGAUUGGAUAAGUGUUCCGUUGGUGUAUACACAGGUGGUUACACUUGCCACGUACACGUACUCCGUUGCGUUGAUGGUGGGGAGGCAAUACUUAGAUCCAAGCAGGGGAGACGAUAAGCACAAGGUGGAUCUUUAUAUUCCCAUCUUCACACUUCUGCAGUUCUUCUUCUAUGUGGGAUGGCUGAAGGUAGCUGAGCAGAUUGUAAACCCAUAUGGAGAAGAUGAUGACGAUUUUGAGCUGAAUUGGUGCUUAGACAGAAACGCUCAUAUUGUAUAUCUCGUGGUAGAUCAUUUCCACGCCAAACACCCGAAAUUGCAUAAAGACAUGUACUGGGAUGAAAUCUUGCCACAACUACCUCAAACCAAGAUAUCUGCCAAAUACAUCAACAACCCACAAUUGGGAUCUGCAUUUAACUUGGAAGUGAACCCUGCAGAUGCAGAAUUUUUACCCAUGGAUACUCUUCUGGAAGAAGACAAUGAAGCAAAUGUUUAUUCCAGUGAUUCAGUCAAACAAACAUCUGGAAUUCGCUACAGACCCUCUUUCCUCAUGAAUAUCCUGAAUUCAAAUUUCGGCCAGAGCAUCCGCCGUAGAUCCACUCUUAAGAAUGAGAGUUUCAGGGAACCUCAAGGUCAUGUGAAUCCAGCUUUUGUCCUGAACAACGAAAAAUUCCCCCAACCGAAAGGAAGUACACCUAGUCACAGCCGUAAAUCCAGCAUUGCGAGGAGGUCCAGUCCCACUCACAGCAGGGCAUCUAGCAUAUCCUUCCACCCCAGCAGCAUCAGUCGUCAUAGGCACAAGCUCUAUGACCUUCAGCAAGCAGAGGCCAGUAGCCUUCCAAAUGGAAGCAUUCCAGAGUGCGAAACCAAAGGAUUAGUAUCUGCUAUAAACACAGCCAUGGCUCCAGUAGUGGGAAACUUUGAAAGUGUACCUACCAUUGUCAGUGAAACUAUCGACCAAAAUGCAGAAGGAGAGGGUGGCCUUAUCGCCCACAUGCCACCCAUUCCAGAAGAACCAUCUAGAGUGGUGUCCACCAUCAGCCUAGAACCAGUUCCGGAAGCAGCCUCCUCCACACCGAUGGACGAUGUCCAGAAUUUAGUUGCUGAAGCCAGCAAAGUUCUGGAGGAGUUGAAUCGAGUGGUCAAUGCUCAAGGUCACAAGAAGGACUGUGAAUUGAAAGGUUAUGAAUCUUGUUGCUCAUUGGGCAGUGACGACAGUUCGGAAGAGGAAGAUGAAACUAUGAAUGAAACCCAGUUUGAGAUGGAAGAACCUGUCGAUACGGAUUCUGUUGUUAUAGAUAUGCAAAAGCCCGAUGGCAAUCAGAAUGGAAACACAUCGCCAGAUAAUGUGCAGUGAAGCGUAUAUGCGUUUAGGUUAUGUGUUGUUUUAAAAAUUUGGAUCUGGAAUAGUUGAAUUUUACUCGCUGCCAUUUGCAAAUUCAUUAUAUUUGAAAUAAAAUGAUUUUUAAUUUUUUAAA